GAGGAAUUCACCGUUAUAACCGAAUUUGUUUGGAGCCAAUCUAAGCUCCGCCCAUCGCACUGAAGUCAGACUUAGGCUGUCUAUAGCUCCAUCCAUUAGUCUGACGUCACGCAGACAUGAGUCAGAAUCUAAACGAACCUAAACAAAGUUUGUUGGCAUUAGAGCUAUUCAGUGACUACUUUAUUUGCGUCUUUUUUCCUGUGGUUUGAUCAUUUUUGAUGAAAUUAACUUCUAAAAUGUCUUCGCAACGUGUUAUUUCGUUUUCGGCAAUAGGGGAAUUUGUCAAAGAUGAUAUAUCCCAGCUCCAACGCAGUGAAAAUGCUUUCGAGGGUGGGAAUGUUCUCAAAAUGCUAUUUGGUGCAGAAGUUUUACCAGCACUAUUAAGUGGAGAAGUCGCCGCGAGUAUGAAGAAAAAAUGUUAUACUGUGGAGGUAAUACUAAUACUGAUGUAUAUGAAUGUUUAUUUUUAUAUUAAUGAAUGCUCAUAUUUCUUAUGAUCUUGAUGAUGGAAUAGUGAUAUCUACAAGCCCAAGUAUUUGGGAUUUAAAGCUGGUCAAAGAAAUGCAACCAAAUCUGAGAUUGAAACAUUCAGUCAGUCACUACUCCUGUAGGAUUUACAUGGUGGUUGUUGCCAGAGCCUUCAGUAGACCUCAUGUUGUUACCAGACAUUGAGGCAAUAAUUUUCUCCAGCUAGUACACAACAGCCCCUAAUAAAGAAGACUACUUGUUAUAGAAAUGUUGUGUAAGUGCAGAUAUUAUAAGGAAAGUUGCAGAGAUGAUGUUAGACGGAUAUGAUUUGAGUGGUGUUCGGGCUAUUCAG